ACGGAGGACUGGCAGGGCCGUUUGGGCCGUUUGGGACGGGUUUGGGAGAGUGAAAGAGGUGGGCAUUUGAACCCGAGGUUAUGACAGGCGGUGUGGCAUGAACAUCAUAACAUGUAUUAUGAGGCUCUUGGCUUGAGCAGGUUUCAAGUUUGACCAAGUCUUCGGACAGUGCUGUUUUCGAGCGAGAACAGUCGCUUGACCAGUUUGCACCCAUGGGAGCUCAGUUCCAACGUUGUCGACACAGGCGUGCAGUCUUGGCAUGCUGCGCUUUCACGGGAGCAGGAUUGGCAUUCUUCUAUGCAUUCCCUGCACCAGUGGUGCUUCUCGCAUGCGCUUUGCUGGUGCUUAUGACCUUGGUCUUCGUUUCAAAGGGCACUUCUUCAUGGAUUCUCCCGCCUAACUCGCCCAGCUCGCCUGGCCAGGCGCAUCUUCACUGGAAUCCGGACAUUGGUCGGCGUGGCAUGGGGGAUCUAAUUCACAGUGUGAACCAUAUUGGCCUGGUGGUCUCAGACGUGGGGCGGUCGCUUGCCUUUUACACCGAGAUCAUUGGCUUCCAGCAAAUUCAACGACCCAACUUUGAUCGCCAUGGUGCCUGGCUCACGAUGGGGAACUUGGAGCUGCACCUCAUCAAGGGAGUACCCAAUGCCCCCUCAGGUCGCGAUUUGAUCGUCUCACACAUAGCCCUUGAGACAGAUCAGCCAGACAAGGUCCGUCAGAAGCUGAUGGAAUACGACGUGCCCUUUAGGCAAAACAUUUCAGUUCCCGAUCCCAAAAGGGCGCGAGAGAAUUUGGUCGAGUCCUUUGAGAACAGCGAAGGGAAGAUCACGCAAUAUUCCAUCCGCGAUCCAGAUGGCUAUUAUUUGGAGGUUUGCAACUGCGACAUCCUCACAGCUUUCUGCUUGUUCAAAGAGGACGAGAGCAAGCAAGAGAAUGCAGGCCAUGUCCCCAAAUACAUGGAGCUUAUCGAUGCCAUGCUUGGUACUUACCAGGAGGAGUGCGGGCAGGUCAAGGCCUCAUCUUUUCGCUUUCCACAGCUGUUGAAGACAGCUGUGAUCAUUCAUCGUCUCGUCCGCAGAGCACGUGCUGAGUUGAAGAAAAGCUUUGCGGAGCGGGUGGAGAAAGCAUUGAUGGGAGUGCAGGAAGCCACAGCGCCUGAUGCUGCCUUGCUAGCCAAGUUCCUCGGCCGCCAGAAGACAUAUUGCGACAUUUGCCAAGGUUUCUCGAAAGAGGAUUUGGCCUCCGCCCUGUGCAAGAGUGGGAAUUCCGCCCCAAAAGCUUUGCUCCUGCUGGCCGCUUGCCGAAAGCAUGUGAGGGUGUGCUUACCGCCUCAAUACCUCUUGAGCGAGGGUGGACGCAUAAAACAACAAGUGAUGGCAGUGGCAGCACCCAACUCGCCCAGGCGCAGGGCCUUUGGUGCAAGGAGCAUGUUUGCCUCCAAGCCCUUCGAGGAUGCAGACCCUCCAAGCCUUUCGAGGAGCCUGUCGCCGGAGCGACGGGUUGCUUCAACCCUCCUGGAACGCAAGACCGAGGGGGAGCGACACGGUCCGAUGCUAUCUGUGCGGUUUGAAGAUGAUGCAAAGAUGCAAGCAUAUCUCCAAGAGCGCAAUGUCACGCACGAAGUGGUGAGCGCAGUCAGCGGUGCAGCGCUGUCUAGCAUGGCCAGAGCAAAGCUGUCCAAGAGAGGUGUAGCAGCACAGCUGCGCUGAGGAUUGGUUGAACCAAGACACGUUUCAAUCUGAAUGCAUUCAGCUUUUUUCCCUAGCAAGCUGACUGCUUUUAGUAUUCUAUGUCAUGGCACCCAAAUACAUAGGAAACAAG